AUGCAAACUGAUUCUGAUGAAGAGGAAAUGUUGAAAAGCAAAAGGAAGAAAAAGGAAACAAAGGGGAAGAAAAGUGAGGACAAGGUAAAGUUUUGUACUAUAGGCAAAAAUUCCAAUUAUUGCAAAUUGAGCAUAUAAUUAGCCUUUCUUACGAUGAUGAAUAUCCGAUGCAGACAUCAAAACAAUGUGAAAAGCAAUUUAUCAAAAUAAACUAUAACCAUUUGCGAAGCAAAUUUACCAUUAUUCGUACAAAAAAUUAUAAAAAGUCAUGUAAAUGUGGACUUCUCUUGCAGACUUCAGCUGAAAUGCCACCCAAAAUGGCGGCGUGAGAAAGGCUAAUUAAAUUAGGCCACAUUUCUCACUUUUAGAGUAAGAAAUUCUCAUGGAAAACAAAUCCAUGGAAGCGUCCACAAUCAUCCAACAUUCCCGUUGAAAAGAUGAAACCAUCAGACAGCAGCUUAUCCAAUCUCUGUCAACCAUUUAAAUUUUUCAAGCAAUUUCUCACCAAAGAUUUGUUAGAUCAUAUAACAUUUCAAACAAACUUAUACAAUACCCAGCGUGCAACACUUGGUUAUAAACGAGCAGUGAGGAAAAGAGACUCGGAUACCAGUUACAAACAAAUAAAGAGCGUGACAAAACAUGAAAUUGAACAAGUAUUUGGUAUUAUACUCUACAUGGGUAUCCAUAAGCUACCUAAUUGUUGGAUGUAUUGGGCCACCACAACAUGUGUGCCACUCAUUGCAAGCAGCAUGAAUAGAAAUCAAUUUGAAGAAAUCCUGUCUGUUCUUCAUUUUAAUAAUAAUCAAGAGGUUACUACUGAUCCUGCCAAUCCAAAUUAUGACAAGUUAUUCAAACUGAAGCCACUGAUUGACCAUUUCAGAACUGUUUUCAAAGGGUCGGUUACAGCAGAGACCAUCCAGUGCAUCGAUGAAAUGAUGGUGCCAUUCAAGGGCAGGCAUGGCGCCAAACAGUACAUGCCAAAGAAGCCAUGUAAAUGGGGCUACAAGUUCUGGUGUCGAGCUGGCAUGUCUGGUUAUGUCUACGAUUUUGAAAUCCUUGGUUCUCAAGAGGCAAAGGGUCCACCGCCUGGGGUAAAUCCUGAAGAGUUUGGAGAAAGUGAAAAUGUUGUCCUGAGAUUGUCCAAGGAAUUGGAGAAGAAUAGGCAUCAAUUGUUUUUUGACAAUUAUUUUUCCAGUCCCGACCUCUUAGUUUAUCUGAUGUCUCGACGCAUUCUUGCCGUUGCCACUCUCAGAUCUGACCGGAGUCGUGGUUGCCCUCUGCCUGCGGAGAAAGAUAUGCGAAAAAAUGGCCGGAGAGAUCUUGCUGAAUUUACAGAUUCAAAGGCUGGUCUAGUGAUCUGUGCAUGGUAUGACAACCGUAGGGUGUUAACCAUCUCAAACUUCUUGGGAAAGCAUCCUGUCUCAAAUUGCAAGCGAUAUGAUAGGAAGGAGACUGUCUCUGUCCCCCGUCCAGCAUCUGUCGAAUUGUACAAUAAAUUUAUGGGUGGAGUGGAUAAAGCUGACAUGUUCCUAUCACUUUACCGCACGAAGCACCAAAGUAGAAAGUGGUACCAUCGUAUUGCAUUCCACCUUAUAUCUCUGGCUGCUGUGAAUGCAUUUGUGAUGUAUUGUGAGAUUGGUGGAAGCGGAUCCUUUCUUGAUUUCAUUGUCGAUGUAUGUCGGUGUCUGCUCGCUGUUGAAGAGCCAAAUGACCCUGACAGUCAGUCCACCUCAGUUGUACGUGUACAAAGAUCACUGAAAGUCAGCCAAGUGCCAAAGGAUAUACCGUUUUGA